CACCCUGACCCCGUCAUGGAUGGGGGCAAGGGGCCCAGGAUCAGAGACUUCCUGAGUGGGAGCCUGGCCACCUGGGCGCUGGGACUGGCCGGGCUGGUGGGGGAGGCGGAGGAGCCAGAGGGGGAAGAGGAGGAGGAAGGAGAAGGGCCUCUUUGUCCGGAGAAGAGGUUCUCACGUCUCAGCGACGGGGCCCUGCUCCUUCGGGUGCUGGGCAUCAUUGCCCCCAAUUCCCGAGGCUGCCCUCGAAUGAUCAGGGGCCACGAUGGUCCCGCAGCCUGGCGGGUGUGGAACCUGAACCACCUGUGGGGCCGACUGAGGGACUUCUACCAGGAGGAGCUGCAGUUGCUGAUCCUGUCUCCACCCCCAGACCUCCAGGCGCUGGGGUUUGACCCCUUCUCAGAGGAGGCGGUGGAGGAGCUGGAAGGCAUCCUUAGGCUAUUGCUGGGGGCAUCGGUGCAGUGUGAGCACCGGGAACUGUUCAUCCGGCACAUCCAGGGCCUCAGCCUCGACGUCCAGAGUGAGCUGGCUGCCGCCAUCCAGGAGGUGACCCAGCCCGGGGCCGGCUUGGUGCUGCCGCUGGCUGGGCCUGAGCCUGGGGAGCUGGCGCCUCCGGAGCUGGAGAUGCUGUCCCGGAGCCUGGUGGGGACACUGUUGAGGCUGGCUCGGGAGCGGGACGUGGGGGCCCAGCGGCUGGCUGAAUUGCUGCUGGAGCGGCAGCCAGCGGCCCCCUUGUUGCCUGAGGCUCCUGCCAGGACUCCCCCGGAGGGCGCCUCACACCACCUGGCCCUGCAGCUGGCCAACACCAAGGCCCAACUGCGGCGUGUCCGGCAGGAGCUGGAGGAGAAAGCUGAGCUGCUGCUAGAUUCCCAGGUGGAGGUGCAGGGCUUGGAGGCCGAAAUUCGAAGGCUCCGCCAGGAGGCCCAGGCGCUGUCGGGACAGGCCAAACGGGCCGAGCUGUACCGCGAGGAGGCGGAGGCGCUGCGGGAGCGGGCCGGCCGCCUGCCCCGCCUGCAGGAGGAACUGCGACGCUGCCGGGAGCGGCUGCAGGCAGCAGAGGCCUGCAAGGGCCAGCUGGAGGAGGAGCGGGUGCUCUCGGGGGCUCUGGAAGCCUCGAAGGCGCUGCUGGAGGAGCAGCUGGAGGCCGCUCAGGAGCGCUGUGCUCGGCUGCAUGAGACCCAGCGGGAGAACCUGCUGCUGCGGACCCGGCUGGGCGAGGCCCAUGCGGAGCUGGACUCUCUGCGGCAUCAGGUGGACCAGCUGGCAGAGGAGAACGUGGAGCUGGAGUUGGAGGUUCAGCGGAGCCUGGAGCCAGCCCCGGGCUCUCCUGGGGAGGCGUCCCUGCCAGGAGCGGCUCUCUCUCUGCAGGACGAAGUGAGGGAGGCAGAGGCUGGGCGGCUGCGGACCCUGGAGCGGGAGAAUCAGGAGCUUCGAGGCCUGCUCCGGGUGCUGCAGGGGCAGCCAGGUGGCCAGCCCCCCCUGCUGGAGGAGCCGAGCGAGGACUCCGUGAUUCCAGAGCCAGGCUCAGCUCCCCAGACUCGGCUGGCCUCAGACCAUGGCCCCCAGGGCUUGGCUGGUCAGGCAGGGGAUGAAGGCCCCCAGGCUUUGGACCCGGCUCCCCUGGCGUCAGAUUCAGCCCUCGAGGGGUUAGCUGAGUGUCCUCAGGCAUCUGAUUUGGACCCAAAGGUGGUGGAGAGGCCCCUCCAGGCGGCUGUCAUGGUGCCUGUAGACACGAUGGCCCAGGAGUCAGGCCCUGCUGUAGAGGCGCAGGAGUCCCUGAAGAAGGCUGGCCUUGGAGCCCCUCUCCAGACCCCUGCCUCUGUGGCCCCACCUCAGGGUCCAGAGAUCAAAAUUCAGGCCCAGCUGUCGCUGGGAGGAGAGACUGGAGAGUUGGUGCCCAAGGCCUUGGGGCUGAGACAGGAGGACCCUGAGAGCAAACCCGGACUCUCGGAGCCCAGCCUCUGUGGGCAGUUGGAGGAGCAGGAGACCCUAGACCAGAGGCUGGACCUACCCAAGGGGCAAGCAGAGGCCAGAGAGCAUGAACAGAAGUUGGAGAGAAUGGUCGGGGACCCAGCCCAACAAAAACCACAGCAGAAGCUGGAAGGGGCUCCUGAGGCCCAGACCUGGGAGGGGAGGAUCCCAGGGGAGAUCCUGGCCAGUGGUGUCCCAGAGCAGGAGGCCCUCAAGGAGGAGAUGGCAUGGCUGAGGAGAGAGGCUGAGGCUCUUCGAGCUGAGCUGGAGGCCCAGGCCUGGAGGCUGGAGGCCCGAGGCACGGAGGCUGCCCGCCUCUCCGAGGAGCUGGCUCAGGCUCGGAGGGCAGAGGCCGAGGCCCACCGGGAGGUGGAGGCCCAGGCCCGGGAGCUGGCCCGGCUGCGGGAGGCGGUGGAGGCCGCUGGCCGGGAGCUGGAGGCUGCGUCGCGGGAGCGGGAGGCGCUGGCGGAGGUGCUGGCAGCCACGGGCCGCGAGCGGAGGCAGUGGGAGCGAGAGGCGCCCAGGCUGCGGGCCCGGGCCGAGGCGGCCGAGGAGCGGUUGCAGGUGCUGCAGAGCGAGAGCCGCCGGCACCUGGAGGAGGCCGAGAGGGAGCGCCGGGAGAGGCAGGCCCUCCAGGAGGAGCUAGAGGAGGCCAUGGUGCGGGGCCAGGAGCUGGGGGCCCGGCUGGAGCAUCUGCAGAGUGAGCUGGAACGGGCGGCUCUGGAGCACCAGGAAUUUCUGCGGGAACAGGAGUUCCAGCACCAAAGGUACCAGGGCCUGGAGCAGCGGCUGGAAACUGAGCUGCAGGUGGCGGCCACCAGCAAGGAGGAGGCGCUGAUGGCACUCAAAAAGAGGGCCCUGCAGCUGGAGCAGGAGCUGUUCCAGCUGCGCCAGGGUGCUGUGGGACAGGGGCCUGAGGAGCAGGCUGAGCCGAGGGUCACGGAGGCCCAGAGCGCGCGGCUCAUUGAGGUGGAGCGCAGUAAUGCAACGCUGGCCGCCGAGAAGGCGGCUCUGCAGGGCCAGCUGCAGCACCUGGAGGGGCAGCUGGGAAGCCUGCAGGGGCGCGCCCAGGAGCUGCUGCUGCAGAGUCAGCGGGCACAGGAGCACAGCAGCUGCCUGCAGGCUGAGAAGUCUGUACUGGAGCUGCAGGGCCAGGAGCUGCACAGGAAGCUGGGGGUGCUGGAGGAGGAGGUGCAGGCGGCGCGGCGCUCCCAGGAGGAGACCCGUGGGCAGCAGCAGGCCCUGCUUCGGGAUCACGAGGCCCUGGCACAGCUGCAGCGGCGGCAGGAGGCUGAGCUAGAGGGACUGCUGGCCCGGCACCGCGACCUCAAGGCCAACAUGCGGGCACUGGAGCUGGCCCACCGGGAGCUGCAGGGCCGGCACGAGCAGCUGCAGGCCCAGAGGGCCCAUGUGGAGGCGCAGGAGGUGGCCCUGCUGGCAGAGCGCGAACGCUUGAUGCAGGACGGGCAUCGGCAGCGGGGCCUGGAGGAGGAGCUCCGGAGGCUGCAGAGUGAGCAUGACAGAGCUCAGAUGCUGCUGGCGGAGGUGUCCCGGGAGCGAGGUGAGCUGCAGGGGGAACGCGGGGAGCUGCGGGGCCGGCUGGCGAGGCUGGAGCUGGAGCGGGCACAGCUGGAGGCGCAGAGCCUGCGACUGCGAGAGUCCAACCAGCAGCUGGACCUGAGCGCCUGCCGGCUGGCCACACAGUGUGAGCUGUUGACGGAGCUCCGGAGCGCCCAGGAAGAGGAGAACCGGCAGCUGCUGGCCGAGGUGCAGGCUCUGAGCCGGGAGAACCGGGAGCUCCUGGAGCGCAGCCUGGAGAGCCGGGACCACCUGCACCGCGAGCAGCGCGAGUACCUGGACCAGCUCAAUGCCCUGCGCCGGGAGAAGCAGAAGCUGGUGGAGAAGAUCAUGGACCAGUACCGCGUGCUGGAGCCUGGGCCCCUGCCCCGGACCAAGAAGGGCAGCUGGCUGGCAGACAAGGUGAAGAGGCUGAUGCGGCCCCGGCGGGAGGGGGGCCCCCAUGGGGGGCCGCGCCUGGGGGCCGAUGGGGCUGGCAGCACCGAGAGCCUAGGGGGCCCCCCAGAGACGGAGCUCUCCAAGGGCAGGGAGGCAGAUGGGACAGGGUCCCCCUCACCGGCACCCAUGCGCCGGGCCCAGAGCUCCCUGUGCCUGCGGGAUGAGACUCUGGCAGGUGGGCAGCGGCGGAAACUCAGCUCGAGAUUCCCCGUGGGGCGAAGCUCUGAGUCAUUCAGCCCCGGGGACACCCCGCGGCAGAGAUUCCGACAGAGGCGCCCAGGCCCGCUGGGGGCACCCAGCUCCCAUGGCAAAGGACCUGGCGUGGGAUGGGAUGGCUCUGUUGAGACCCUGGCGGAACGUGAAGCAGAUGCCAACAGAGAGGGCGUCGAGGUGCAGGAAUCGGAGAAACGGGCUCUCGCCCCUUCCCUCAGCCAGUGACACCGCGUGGAUGGGGAGCUUGGGAGUGGAGUCUUCUCGACCCUGGAGUCUCACCGGGGGCCCC